CUUCGACGACAUCGACUGGCAUAUCGUUCCAUACCUUUGAAGAUAGAUACCUAGCCAGAUAGACAACCUGACUCAUGUCCAGUCGCCUUCUGAUAUCGAGACAUAGAUUAUCCCGCAGCGCAAAGCUCGAGCGAAUCGUCGAAUCUAGAUAGGUGCUUUAGGCUCCUCUUGUUCGGACAUCGCAAUAGAUAAGCGCAGCCACGAAGGCUCGAAUUCGAGAGUUACCAAAAGCCCGUCCUCUGGACUUUGAUAUCGCCCUUCCAUCAGACAACCAUGGCAAGGAUAGAGAAUGACAUGAGUUCAAAGAGCUAUAGCAAAGGCGCUUUACGCACAUCGUUGUUUUUCCUCUUGUUCGCAACAGCUGUGCGACCGGCGGCAGCUCGCUUUGGCUUCAAUUGGCCCUUAGAACCCCCAGUGUUGGAAUUGCCUGUCAACAAAACGAUCUACGAUCCCGAUAUCGACUACGGUCAUAAUGACGGGGUCACACCCGAGAUCGAGGCAUUAUUGAGGAAAUAUGCGCCAGUGAUAUAUCUUCACUCAGAGGAAGAGUACUUUCCUAGCUCGGUAGAAUACAUGCUGGACAAGUCGGGUUACCAAAUACUCGAUAGUAAAGGACUACACAAUGCUACGCUCCCCGACAGUCCCCUCAGCAGCUACGACUUGGCCACGCUACCGCUUGAAAAGCAGUGGGACAUGUGGCUUUCCGUAUCCGUUGAGAUGAACCCUCAACCUCGUUUGCACUCGAACGAAUCCGCCUUUUUGUACGGGCCUGGAGGAGAGACCGCAGAGAAGAGAUUGUUACGGAGGAUGAGCGCCGAGGGGAUCGAUGGGACUCUGAUCAGGCCGACAGUCCGAGCGCCCGUAUAUGCCUUUCACGUGGCCCAGGAGGAUGACUACAUCGAUUUGAUCUAUUGGACGCACUACCCGUAUAAUUUAGGAAAGAAUGUUCCUCCGCUGGGUAUCCUGGGCAAUCAUGUGUCUGAUUGGGAGCACAUGAAAGUGCGAACUCGACACGGUCAAGCGGUUUCGGCCGAUUACAUGGUGCACCGUGACUUGUCGACGACAGGAACGCUGCGAUGGGCAGACGUACCCAAGUACGAUGGACGGCCUGUCGCCUUUAGCGCUCUAGGUAGUCAUGGACUUUGGCCCACUGCAGGAGAGCAUCUCUAUAUAAAUGCGUUCAACAUUGUCAAGUUGGUUGACGUGACCGAUGACCGGGGGGCGAUAUGGGAUAGCAAGAACGAUCUGGUCCCAAUACAAUGGCUGAACACGACAGCCAGAGGAGGGUAUCCACAUAUACGACGUCGUCAUGAUCCCAGGGGAAAGCUGGGCUGGUUGAACUUCCGGGGACGAUGGGGCAACAAGGGAGACCGAUCCUGUUUUUGGAGUUUUAUAUCGCCCGACUGUCAGAUGGCCGAUGGACCCUUUGGACCUAAUCGCAAUUUCCGGAUGCCGCCUCAGUGCUUGAUAGCUCCCUUAAACUCAGACCCAUCUACCUCGAUCUACCGGUUCAAGAUAGAUCCAUGGCAGCUCGAACGAGGCGUAGCGAUGGGAGCGCGGUACAUCGAGCUGACACAAACGUGUUCACGAUGGAGGGAGACGAGAUCCGGUUCCAAUGGGGCGGGGAAUGAUGCUUUGAAUGAUAUGAUGACCCAGGGACAGCUUGCAUCACUCGCCGCACGGGAAGACGUCCAGCUGAAGACUCGUAUACCCUUGCAUCUACACGAGAGGGUAUUCGAAGUCGCGGCGAGGUCUUGUCCAGCACAUCAUGCAGUCUCUGGGUACUCUCUGUGCAUGCUGAAUGCGAAGGGAAGAUGCCGAUGGCAGUCGAAAGAGAGGGAUAUCUGCACGUUCUACCGGGGCACAGAGGCAGGGUACACCGCUGGUCGAUCUCUCGUCCUAGAUGACUCGGAUUCCUGGUACUUCGUGUGGCGGUAAAUUACCCGAUUCGGGAUAAGGAUAGAUGGAACGACCUGGCGAAUCGCCUUUCAUAAUUACAUUCGGGCUACACUUCCGCUAGCUCCUGAUCCUUCCCUAAUAUUCAUCACACAGACGCUUCGGGUCGAUCAUUCUCACCCCGCUGCGCCCGUCAGGUUCUUGGCGCCGAAUUGUAUCGAGCAAGAGCGGGCCGGAAAGGCAAAUGAUAUCGUUGUAGCUAUAGAGACAAGUUGUAUUCAUGGACAACAAUAGUGCUUAAUGCUAUGACUAUUCUAGUGA